AUGUUUUACUCCUCCACAGGGCAGUGCCACAGUGGGACCACUUGGAAUGGAACAGAUUGUGUCUGUCCCCAAGGCCACUUUGGUUUCCUGUGUAAAUCCAUUUUGGAGUACUUCGUCCUAGAAAUCCCGGAAAAAAUCAAUGCCUCUGUAGAACUGAGAGUGAAAGUGACUAACCAGAAUUUCACAAAAGACCUAAAUGACACAGUCUCCUCUGCAUACAAGAAUUUCACUCAACUAUUCAAGAGUCAGAUGGAUAAAGCUUACAUGGGCAACGACUUUCCGCAAUAUGUAGGCGUGAUCAUUAGGAGACUGCUCCAGGGCAGCAUCGUAGUGGAACACGAAGUCGUCAUGGAGGCAAACUUCACUUCAGAGUUUCAGGAGCUGUUUAAAAACCUCACUGAGAUCAUAAAGGCCAAGUUUAUGCAUGAGAUCAAAAGGCUACCCAGUAAUUCUGAUGAAUGCAAAGGCGUCUCACGUCUGUGCUAUGAUGAGAAAUCUAUCUUUGUGAAUGAUACCGUGAAGCUUGGCUUUGACCUGCAAGAGCAAUGCACUCAGAAGGCUGCAAAGGACUUUGCCCAAUUCUACUAUGUGGAUGAUCUGGAUGGAAAGCUGGCCUGUGUGACCAAGUGCACCAAGGGGACGAAGUCACAAAUGAACUGUAACCAGGGCAGUUGCCAGCUGCAGCAAAGUGGCCCCCGCUGCCUAUGCCACAACUCAGACACACACUGGUACUGGGGAGAAACCUGUGAACGCAGCACCAGCAAGAGCCUGGUGUACGGGAUCAUGGGGGCCGUGGCAGUGCUACUGGUGGUCUUGCUGGUGGUCCUGAUUAUCUUCCUCAGCCGAUCCCAGAAAAAACUGCACAGGAAAGAGUACAAUAUAUCUCGUGAGUGGCCAAGAGAAGAUGUCCCUGGCAAUUUCCAGAGCGCGAGCAUCUGGGAAGGUCAGAAUCUGAAGGGGGACAAGUUUGGCCUUGAAAACACCUACAGACACUUCCAGCCCUCCCUGCAGAACGUCGACCCCACCACAGAGAUCCACAUUCAGAGGCCCAGUGUGGUGACAACUGUUCAGUGAGGGGGACAGGAACUCCCACCCCUCACCCAGAUCUGGACAAGAAGGCAGCAGCAGACGGAGAGCCCGACAUAGGCCCCAGGUCGGUCAAGAGGAAAGAGAUGGCAGGUCCAGGUCCCCAGGAGGUCCUGCUCAGAGCUGGUAGACUUGCCUCACCCAGUCUGCUCCCCGCUGCUGUGAGCCCCCUCUGCUCCCUCACCCUCCAUUCAGGAGCCCCAAGGCUGCCCAGACACCUUGGCAUCUUGUUGGCUCCACGGCAACUCCCCACUCUGGAGUUUCCUACCAAUAAAU